AUGUCAACAGCAAAUUUAGUUCCAGUAGUUUAUAACUCUCUUGUUAAUCUUAGAACUUCAACUAAUUUUAAUGGUGUUCACACUCAAUUUAAUAGUGUUUUAAAUUUUAAAAAUGGUGCUCCAAAUACUCAAGGUGGUUCAGAAGCUUGGUGUGCUGCUAUUCUCGAUACUAAUCAAUACAUUAUGGCUGGUUCUGAAAAUCCAAAAACCUAUGUUUCUUUAGCAAUUCAAGGUCGUGGUGAUUUGGAUCAAUGGGUAACAUCAUUUAAAGUUCGUUAUACUCUUGAUGGUGUUAAUUGGAAAGAGUAUAGAAAUGGUAGUUCUAUUGCUGCUAAUAGUGAUCGUAAUACAGUUACCACUCAUUUCUUUGAUACUCCAAUUAGAGCUCGUUCAAUUGCUAUUUGUCCAUUGACUUGGAAUACUCAUAUUUCAUUAAGAUUUGAAUUAUAUGCUGAAAUUGAACAACACAGUUUCACUCAAGUUGGUAGAAAUAUUUCACCAGGUGCUGAUACUGUUUUAAAUAGUACUACAAAUACUGGUGCUCGUGAAAUUCUUGUUGAUGUUUUAUUCCCAGUCGAAUUUAAAUCAAUUCCAUUGAUUGCAAUUACAUUAGGUCAUAUCGAUACAACAUCUGCUGAUGCAACUGGUACAAAUGUUUACCAACAAACUCGUGUUGAUGUUCAAGCAAUUAAUGUAACAACCAAAGGAUUUAAAGCUCGUUUCUAUGUAUGGAGAAAUGCAAGAGCUUAUAAUUUAAGAGCAGAUUAUGUUGCAACUUCAUUAGAAUAA